AUGCCUAGAAUGAAUUCACAUAGUGCAGAUUCCUCAAAGGAUGAAAGAAACGAGGCAUCAGUUGAUAAUGUGCGUCAACCUGAAAGAAAGGAUUCACUUUUAGCCAGAAUGUUGUCAUCUCGUAGAUCUGCAAACGCAUUGGAUUCACCCAAGCCAGACAUUGAGGACUCCAGAGAUAGAGAGCCGUCCCUCCCACCUCUCCCGGCUCUUUCUUUGACAGGCUAUAAGAGAAACACAAAGCACAGGUUGAUGAAUGACGAAUUAGCUGAGAAUAUUAGAGGACUUCUUCCUGCCAGGCUUCAAUUAUUUGAAGACUGGGAGCUCGUGUACUCACUUGAGCAACAUGGGGUUUCAUUAAAUACAUUAUACCAGAAUUGUGAUCUUGAGACACAGCUUAGAAGACACAACAAGGACAAGCAGGGAGAAGGAGGAUUUGCUGAGUCCGUUGUUAGAUCAAUUUUAGAUGAACCCUCAAAAUCUUUUACCCCAAAGAGACCACAUGGGUAUGUUAUGAUCAUUAAGGAUGAUAAACAUUCAAUAUUUGGAUGUUAUGUCAAUCAAAGUUUUAAACCGACAGAUCAGAAAAGAUACUACGGUAAUGGCGAAUGCUUUUUAUGGAAAUGUGAGAAGACAGGCUCAAAGGAAAAAGGAAGUCGGUUUAAGGCUUUCGUCUAUACGGGCAUUAAUGACAACAUUAUAUAUUCCAAUCAUGACUUUAUUGCCAUUGGUUCUUCUCAUGGACAAAAUGGAUUAUGGAUAGACAAAUCGCUUUAUAAUGGUGUUAGUUAUCCCUGCGAGACAUUUGGGAAUGAGGUUUUGAAUAGCCUGGAUCCAAAUACAAGCUUCGGUAAGUUUAAAAUAAUAGGACUUGAAGUAUGGAGAAUAGGAUUAUUAGAGUAG